UUGGAAAAGGUCAGAGGUAAAGCAGUCAUGGCGGCGCUGUGUCUGACCCGUGCUGUGGCUGCCGAGAGACAUUUUCCGCGAAUGUUUCUCUUCUUUAGGCCCUUUCGGGGCGUAGGGACUGACAGCGGAUCCGAAAGUGGGAGCUCCGAUGCCACGGAGCCUAAGACGCGCCUAGGCAGCUUCGCAAGCACCUUGGAGCGGCACUCGGAUGUACCGCAGAAGGUGGAGCCCAGGCGGGGCUCUCCAAAAAAUGUAGAAUCCUUUGCAUCUAUGCUGAGACAUUCUCCUCUUAUACAAAUGGGACCUGCUAAGGAUAAACUGGUCAUUGGACGGAUCUUUCAUAUCAUGGAGAAUGAUCUUUACAUAGAUUUUGGUGGAAAAUUUCAUUGUGUAUGUAAAAGACCAGAAGUGGAUGGAGAGAAAUAUCAGCAAGGAACCAAGGUCCACUUGCGGCUCUUAGAUCUGGAACUUACAUCUAGGUUCCUGGGAGGAACAACAGAUACAACUAUACUAGAGGCUGAUGCAGUUCUCUUAGGACUCCUGGAGAGUAAAGACUCCAAAUCAAAAGAGGAACAUCAUGAAAAAUAAAUGAACUUUGCCCAGUGGAUUCACUCUUUUGAUGAAGUCAGAUAUUCAUCAAGAAUGCAAUUAGAAAAUUGUGAAUAAAUGAUUGAAUGAAGAUAUAAUAAAUAAAAGCUAUAAUUAU